UUUUCAUAUUUCACUUUCCCUUCAUUCUGCGUUUUUCCCCGAUGAGGAGAACGCGUGUGUAAGUUCAAAACCUGUAAAAAAUUCAUCGUUUGCUGAAGAAGUGAUAGAAGUUUCAAUUUUGGUCAUCAAAAGUGUGGAUAUAAGUCUCCUCCGCCGAGCGAACUAAAAAUGUCAGACCAAUAUUCCGGCUACGCACAGCAGGAUUAUAACGGUCCGAUGCAAUUCUCGGUGCCUCCGCCAUCAAUCGCACAGUCCAAUUUUAGCCAACCACCUCCCAUGGGUGGUGGAGGAGGUUACGGCGGUGGCGGUGGUGUUGGCUCCAGUGCACCUGCUGGUGGCUACGGUGGCCAACAGCAGGGUGCUGGAAACGGUGGCAACGGUGGUUAUGGAGCACAAAAUGAUUACAAAUCCGGUAACCGUGAUGGUGGUUAUGGCGGUGGAAACCGUGGGGGCUACGGUAGCUCCGGCCAGCAAGGCGGAGCGCGAGGUGGUAAUCAAUCCGGUGGCUACAGUGGCGCCGGCAACAAGGGUGGUUUUAAUAACAAAGCAGGAAAUGACGGAGAAAUGAUCACCCAGGAGGAUACGAUUUUCAUCCAGGGAAUGAACCCGGAAACAACUGAGGAGGAGAUCGCUGAAUACUUUGGCGCGAUUGGCGUGAUCAAGAAGGAUAAACGUACGAUGAAGCCAAAGAUAUGGAUGUACAAAGACAAGGAAACGGGUCGCAUGAAGGGCGAAGCCACCGUGACGUACGAGGAUUCCAACGCCGCACAGUCCGCUAUCGGUUGGUUCGAUAAUAAGGAGUUCAAUGGGUCCGUUAUCAAGGUUUCUCUAGCCCAACGAUACAGCACCUGGCAGAACAAGAGCAACAGCCGAGGUGGAUUCAACAAGGGUGGUGGCGGUGGAGGUGGCUUCGGCGGUGGUGGCCGCGGAGGUGGUGGUGAUCGCGGUGGUUACGGCAAUGACCGCGACGGAGGAGACCGUGGUGGUUCUCGUGGUGGCGGUGGAGGUCGUUUCGGUGGUGGCGGAGGAGGUGGUGGUAGUAGUGGUAGUGGUAGUGGCCAGGAACGCGAAGGAGACUGGAUUUGUGGAGACUGCAGCAAUAAGAACUUCGCCUGGCGAAACGAGUGCAACCGAUGUAAAUCCCCGAAAUCUGACGGCGCCGGAGGCGGUGGCGGCGGUGGCAGUUUCGGAAACCGUGGUGGAAGCCGAGGCUCGUUUGGUGGAGGCCAACGGAAUAGCGGAGGUGGUGACCGGGGAGGAUAUGGAAACCGUGGCGGUAGUCGCGGUGGUGGUGGAGGCGCGAUGCGCGGAAAUGACCGCAACCGGGAUCAGCGACAGAGACCAUACUAGGAAAUGAACCCUGCAAAAUGUCUGUCUUAGCAGUGUUAGCUAAGUUAGUCCGUAAGACUCGUCAUCCAUCUCUGCAUCAUCUACAAACGAACAUCCACAGCAUUACAAGAUUCAUUUUAAAACUGAAAACACAGCUUUCUUUGCUGUGUAUCAUUGUAUAGUGAGGUUUGCAGAUAUUCAACAAUACUUGACAACAGGAUAAAAAUCGUUACUCUGAUAUCCGGCGUAUUGAUUUCGAGCAACGGGAUGGGGUGUGAAACGAUACACAAAUACACUUUAGGAUAAUGUAGUCGCUAGAGUUAUUCUCACAAAUACUAAUCCGCGCAACAUAAUUGUGUGAGAGGAAGGAGGCAGUGUUGCGAAAAUAUAAUGUAAAAUUGUGAACGAACUAAUAAAUGAGGUAUAUCUAUCCAACAGAA